AUGACUAUUGAAGUGCCUGCCGUUGUCGCCUACCCUCCUCAGGGCGCGCCCAAUUGGCGAUAUGAGCCAGUGAAGCUUAGAAUGGUCAAAGACCACGAAAUUCAGAUUCGCAUGGUUUCGACUGGCAUCUGCCAUUCAGACAUUUACGAGUCAAAUAUCCCUGAUAGGGCUGAUGGCAUUCCGUACCCAUGGGUCUUCGGACACGAGGGCGCAGGAUAUGUCGAGGCAAUUGGGGACGGAGUCACCCAUGUAAAUCCCGGAGACCCAGUUCUGCUUUCUUAUGAUUAUUGUCAGAAUUGCGAUAUCUGCAGGAGCGGCCAACCUGCAUAUUGUGUGGAAUGGCGUCGUCGCAACCGCGCUGGCGAGAAAGGCAUCUUCGAGACCAAAGACGGCAGGCCUGCAGGUGGCAAAUACUUUGGUCAAUCGAGUUUCGCUUCGACAAGUAUUGUCCAGGAGACAAGUGUGAUCAAUGUCAAUGGCCUAGUACACAGUGAGGAAGAGCUCAAGCUCUUGGCACCCUUGGGAUGCGGCCUGAUGACGGGUGUGGGAGCAGUGCUGAAUUCAGCAAAGGUGCAGCCCUACGACAUAGUCAUGGUCACUGGAAUUGGUGCCGUUGGCCUUGGCGCAAUUGCAGCCGCAAAAGUCCUCGGUUGUAAAGAAAUCAUUGCUGUCGACCGCAUAGCUGCACGUCUCAAUGUGGCAAAAGAAUUCGGCGCCACCAAAGUGCUCGACACCAGCAGCCCAAACACAAGCCUAGUCGAAGAUGUGCGGAAGCUCGUGGACGACCAGCGCAUCUCUGUUGUGAUUGAGACAACCGGCGUCCCGGCGGUCGUUCUGUCGGCCCUAAAAGCCAUGGGCUGGCACAGCAAGCUCAUCCAAAUCGGCAUCCCACCUCCUGGCGCCGAGCUCAACAUAGACUUCCUGGAAUUCUUUGCCGCGAACAAGGUGAUCGAAUGCCAUUGCCUCGGAGACGAAUCCCCAAAGACCAUGAUACCCAAGAUGCUGGCGUGGUGGCGAGACGGGAAGCUCCCUGUGGAGAAGAUUGUCAAGUUCUACCCGGCGAAGGAUGCGCUCGAGGCAGCUCACGGGAUGGAGAGCGGGACGGUGAUUAAACCUGUGCUUAUCUGGUAG